AGGAAAAGUAGCCGAGAAAAGACGCUCUUCUUCGGGCAAACCGCUGACAUCGCUCCGCCUUGCGUAAACAACUCUGGAAGGAGGGGAACGUUUUUAUUUCUUCUGCUGCCUUUAGGGUGUCGAGAUUAAAUAAAUACACACUACAUUCCGGGAGUAGGAGGAAGAAGUGAGGGAGGAGGAAGAGGAAGAGGAAGAGGAAGAGGAGGAGGACCAGGAUUUGAAUGCCACCAGCAAAGAGAGUUCCUGCUCAGUGUGCAGGAUGUGAUGCCAUCCAAAACGGAGAAAGUGAUUUUGAGAUGGAAUCAGAGGACAGUGACACUGAUAUGAGUGAAGAAGAGGCAGAUGAAGAUGCCUGUGGCCACAUGGACAAGGAAACCCAACAACCCAAUGACCCCCAGUCAGUUAUUAUGUGGACAUCGAGCCCCAACAACACCUGUGUCCCAUUGGUAGUGAAGCUCCUUGAUCACAGGAUUCAUUAUGUGGGAACAGCCAGGCAGGUGCGCUUACCCAACUGCAACCUUGAAGAGGAGAAGAGCUUGAAGGAAAAAGGGAGAGGAAGCUUUGACAUCCGAGUGGAGACCAACCACAACAUCUGUGCUGUCAAAUGGUAUGACAGCAGAGCGCUCACACUUGUGUCAUCCUUUGCUGGACCACUGCCUGUGCAGAACAUUCAACGCUGGGACAAAGCCUACAAAACCUACGUAGAAGUUGAGAGGCCUUAUAUUGUGGGUACUUACAACAAGUAAUAAUAAUAAUUCAUUUAUUUUAUAUAGGCGCCUUUCAAGGCUCUCAAGGUCGCCGUACUAACACAUAAAAAACAAGAUACACAAUACAUAACACCAGCAUA